AUGAGCGCGCAGGCUGGGCUCCGUCGAAGGAAGGAGGAAAAGCAAGUGGGAACUAGGGAAGAUGCUGAUGAGGUUAUCAAGAACACGAACAAGCGUCCCACCCAUCCGCGGACUCUGGGCUGGAUACAGGUGGCCGUGGUGCCACUAAUCCUUUUUUUUGUCGCACUUGGCUCGCGAUUGUACAUGAUAGAAUACCCGUCCGAGGUCAUUUUUGACGAGGUGCACUUUGGCAACUUUGCUGCACAAUACGUACAGCGCAAGUUUUUCUUUGAUGUGCACCCCCCUCUUGCUAAAUUGAUUGUCGCGCUCAGUGCUUGGCUCGCUGGGUUCAACGGGAAAUUUGGGUUCGAGUCGAUUGGGCUCGAUUAUAUUGAGCCGGGUGUGCCGUACAAGGCGAUGCGGUCGUACCUGGCGGUGAUCGGUGCGCUGCACGUUCCGCUCGUGUACUCAAUCAUGCGCGAGACUGGCUUCGGUUUUGUGGCCGGACUGCUCAGCGCGUUGUUGGUCCUCGCCGACAAUGCCCACUUUGUCCAGUCGCGUUUUAUAUUACUGGACUCGCCCAUGAUUCUGUUUAUGCUGAUGAGCUUUUAUGCCUAUAUCCGGUUCUACGCGCUGCGGUUUAAUCCAUUUACGCGCAUGUGGUGGACAUGGCUCUGCGCUACCGGCAUCUGUCUCUCGCUCACGAUAUCGUGCAAGAUGGUAGGUCUGUUUGGCUUCUUCACGAUUGGAGCUGCUGUGGUGCUUGAUUUAUGGGAUCUGUUUGAUAUCCGGCACGGCAAUUCCCUGCGCGUCAUGACCCGUCACUUCUGCGCACGCGCCUUGUUCCUAAUUGUGGUGCCUGUAUUUGUGUACCUCUUUUGGUUCUGGGUCAGCUUUGCCAUUUUGAACCGCUCCGGCAGCGGCGACGAUUACAUGUCGAGCGAGUUCCAGCAGACCCUCGCGGGAAGUCCGCUCCUUGCCAACACACAGGAGCUGCACGCAUGCGACGUAAUCACGUUUAAGCACGUCGGGACCGACCGAUACCUUUUUUCAGGCCUAGGAAAUUAUCCGCACAAGUACGACGACGGGCGCAUCUCGAGCGACGGCCAAAUUGUCUCCGCAGUGGACUCUGCCGAGGACGGCAUUGCGUGGAAGAUUGUGCCGGUGGACCCUGUAAACAACGAGGACGGCUCGUUUAACAUUACACGACGCCGUAUAUACCAUGGACAAAAGCUGCGUCUUUUGCAUGUGGAUACAAACGCGUAUCUCAUGACGCACGACGUCGCUUCGCCGACGAUGCCGACCAACGAGGAAAUCACAACCUAUCCCGCAGAAGAGAGCACGGACGAUUUUGAGGACAGCGUCUUUCAAAUCUACUUUUCCAGCUCAAAAAAGGGCGCAGCGUGGGAGUCGCUGCGCACACGAUUCCGCCUUGUGCAUGUACCGACGCGCGUCGCGGUGUGGACAUGGGAAAAGUCGCUGUUGCCCGACUGGGCGCCCGACCAGUACGAAGUGAAUGGAAACAAGAACGCCAAGGACAAGACGGCAUACUGGGUGGUGGACUCUGUAGUCCCGGAUCCUGCAUCGCCCAUGCACCAAACACGCUCAAAACCAAGAGAAGCGCGUCCUGUGCAGCCACUGCCGUUCCUCAACAAGUACCUCGAGCUCCAGCGCGUCAUGUUUGAGCAGAAUGCGCGCUUAACCGAUGUGCAUCCGUACUCUUCUCGCCCCAUUACCUGGCCGUUUUUGGUCAAAGGCGUCUCGUACUGGGGCAACGACAAGGUGCGUGGCCAGAUCUACUUUAUCGGAAACGUUGUCGCUUGGUGGGGCGGCGUGUUGGGCGUGUCGCUCUUUGGCGCGCUGUUUUUCCUCGACAUGUUGAUGCGCCGCCGCGGCGUGUAUCAGAUCCCAACCGUGAUGCGCCAGCGCUACCUGCGCACCACAGGCUUUUUUGCGCUUGCGUGGGCGUGCCACUACUUCCCCUUCUUUUUUAUGGGCCGCCAGCUCUUUUUGCACCACUACCUUCCAGCGCAAAUUUGCUCUGUCAUGGUGCUCGCUGGCAUGCUCGAAUUUUUCAUGUCUGCCUCGCUGGACCUUCCCCUGUCGCGCCCCGGGCCGACGCUCGACCAGGACCAGAUCCGCUCGCCGUCACGGCGCAGGACGACGGGGCCGCUAAGCGCCGUCGUUCUUCUGCUCCUCUUGCUCGCCGCGCUUGUUUUUGUCUACUUGGCGCCGCUUUCCUACGGGCUAUCCAUGCACCCAGAAAUGGCCCAAUCCCGCAAACUGUUGCCCACCUGGCAAUUUCUUUACGUCUAG